AUGACAAUUGUGUACCCCACCAUUGAUCGCCGCUUUGAAUAUCAAAGUUUAAUUUCAAGAAAAAUAUUUGUCCAAGCCGCUAUUCUAGAGCUUGAAGCAAGCGAAUUCAAACUAUUUGGCAAGCCAGGUCACUAUGAAGAUCUUAUCGCUAAGCUGGAUGACGAGCUGCCCAAUGUUACUGUCGCCGAAGUUGUUCGGAAUACAAACCACCCGUGUCUUCCGUAUGAUGGUCCAUCAGUUAAUAUUCGCGAUUAUACGUGGGACAAGAAGGAUGGUUACAACGAUAUCGAUACAACGAAAUGGUAUCCACAGGGCGUCACAUCAUCCUCUGAUGCAUACGACAAGGGAACGUAUGGUGAAAACAACAUGAUGCUUAUAUCAUGGUAUGACCACACGACAAAAUCUAGUGAUCCAGCAAAUAAGGGUGUCCGCAUAUCGUUUGUUGAAAUGAACUCGAACCAGUAUCACUACCGUAACGUGCUUUUGGUUGUUCCCUACGAAACGACUGCCGGCGUCCCAUCGUUCCACUCUGUAAAAAUCCACGCAGGAGGAAUAAUGUGGUAUGGAAACUUACUCUAUGUGGUUGAUACUGCCAAUGGUAUUCGUAUCUUUGAUUUGAGCCACAUCUAUGAAGUCUCCAUUGGUGAUGGUAUCGGCCAUGUCGGAAGCGGUCGAUAUGAAGGUGCAAACUACAAAUAUGUUCUCCCACAGUGGGGUCAUUACUUGGCUUACAGUGACGUUGCAAAAGAUUUCGCCUACUCUUUCAUUAGCUUGGAUCGUACUACCAUACCGGAUUCUUUUGUCAUGGGCCAGUACAAUUCAUCGGGCGUCAAUAAUCGUAUCGUCCGCUUUGACAUUGAUUACGAAACACGACUUCCUGUGCAUAGCUCGGGAACAUACGCUACUGCGACCGAGUUCUAUUAUGUCGGAUUGAAGUCGAUGCAAGGUGCUACUUCUAUUACUAAGGACGGUGUCCAAAAGUACUACUUUUCGUGCUCGCGCGGUAAUCGUACAAACGGCGAUUUGUAUACCUGGGAUCGUAGCACUGGUGACUUGAACCACUAUGAAGGAAUACUUUCGGUUGGUCCAGAGGAUCUUGCAUAUCGUCAGCAAGGCGAUCAGCUAUGGACACUUGGCGAGCAUCCAGGUGAACGACCUGUGUAUGCGCUCUCCGCUAGCGCCUAUUAGUAAUGUCAUGUAGCAACUAUAAGAGAAACACACAUUCUUCAUAUUUUAUCAUUGAAC